CAGAAUUACAGAGGCUACACAGCAAGAUCAAACAUCUGAUUAGUACUACCAAAAAUAGGAAAGCCAUUUUGAAUUUGCAAAAAACACACAGAGAUGAGGCAGUAGAGUUUUAGAACAGAUUUUUCUGGACAGAUGAGACAAAGAUUAACGUUUAUCAAAGUGGGAAAGCAAAAGUGUGGAGAAAAAAAGAAUAACAACCUCAUCUGUAAUCUGGAGAUCUCAUCAUGUCUGUAUAUAUACUGACAUAGCAUUUAAGCCCACUGAUGUCCACCAGACAUUUCUCAAAAUAUUAUUUUAUGUUCCACAGAAUAAAGUCAUACAGUUUUUGAACAACAUGAAAGUGAAUAAAUGACGAGAGAAUAAAAAUUUGGGGGUGAACAGAAUGCUAAAAUAUAACAUAAUACUUGUAGAUACAUUAUCACGCAUACAAUUACAUACAGUGUAAUAUGCAUUAUAUGCAUACAAUGACUAUGAUCAUGACAAAAAAAGGGUUAUCAACCAGUUUUCCCCUGUGGGAUGAUGGCAACGUCACAGAAACACCUUGAAACAAAAUAAAAGCUAAGGGCAAGUAAACAUUUUUUCACUGAACGUCUAGCAACUUGACUGUCAUCUAUCUUGAUAACAGCGUGUUGAGGCAGCCAAUGGACAACCUGACGUUCACAAACAGCAUUCUCCUCGUGGAGGGACUCAAAGUUACAUCUCAAUCUUCCUAUCCUGUUUUCAUGCUCCUUCUUUUGGUUUAUGUCUUUAUUAUGGUCUCCAACAUUGGACUUGUAAUUCUGAUUUCAACACAGAAGAAUCUUCAUCAUCCAAUGCAUUUCCUGUUCUGUAACUUGCCACUGAAUGAUAUAUUAGGGACCACUGUCAUUUUGCCACGCUUAAUGCAAGACAUUUUAAGGGAAACAUCACAGCGCUAUAUCACAUAUGUGGAGUGUGUUAUUCAAGCUUAUUUUGUGCAUAUAUUUGCAGUAGCAUGCCACUAUGUGCUGAUGAUCAUGGCCUUUGACAGAUAUGUGGCUAUAUGUAAUCCACUGCGAUACUCAGCUAUAAUGACCAAUAAAAUGGUAAUUAAACUAUCAGCAUCAGCCUGGGCACUGUCAGUAUUCAUGGUGUCAGUUCUGUUGGGUCUCACUAUACGCCUGUCUCGCUGCAGGUCUAACAUUGAAAACCCUUUCUGUGACAAUGCCUCACUGUUUAAAUUGUCCUGUGAAAAUGUAGUCAUUAAUAAUGUCUUUGGAAUGGUUUACACUGUGAUUGUCUUUACCUUCUCACUUGGGUCUGUUUUUAUAACAUAUAGCAAAAUUGCUACUGUAUGCAUAACCAGCAAAAACAAAUCACUCAACAGCAAAGCCAUAAAAACAUGUAGCACUCACAUAGCUGUUUAUAUAAUCAUGUUUGUUUCUUGUGCCAGUUUUAUUUUUCUCCACCGUUUUCCAGAAUACUCUGACAGCAGGAAACUAGCUAGUAUAAUGUUCCAUAUUGUACCACCCGGACUAAAUCCUUUAGUAUAUGGUUUACAAACCAAAGAAAUAAGACAAAAGUUUGUAAAAUUUUGGUGUAGGAAAAAGGUGAAUCCUUAGUUUAAUGUUUGUUUGUUUGUUUUUUACAAUAUAAUAACUAAUAAUAUAAGUUAAUACACCAUACUGUAUUGUAUAAUUUUAAAAAUACACAUGUAUCUUUUUCACUUGAAAAAAAAAAAAAUAUAUAUAUAUAUAUAUAUAUAUUGGGAGGCAUUUUAUGCAUGCUAUUCUUAUCCUUGAUUGUCAGUGAGAAUAUUGGAAAAAACUGUAGCACGUAUUUUAUGUUAAUUUCUAAGUAUUUCUUACCUUUUAUCAUGCAUCUAAUUUGGUGAUAGAAAAUAAGCAGUCGUAUUUGAACUAGGGGGUCAUGUAAACUGUAGCAAAUUGGGGAGAUAUAAAUGUAACCAUAAGACAAUUACCGGAAAGGUACCAGUUGUGGGUAUCAUAGUAAAAGGCAAGUGAAGUGUCUAAAAACUAUUCACUCAUGUCUGAAACCUAACAGUUGCUUCAUUUCUAUGACUUCAUUUCUUUAAAAUAUGUGCUGUAAGUAUAAGUAACAUCUGAACUAUACAAAUAUAUUAUAGUCCUUUUAGUAGCUUUUAGAGCAAUAUUUAAACAGUAAACUAUUGACUCUUGUCUCAAUGUAUGCCAGUGCGGUUUUAUUGUCUUUACUUGUUAAACAAGCAUUACACUAGUGAUUGCAGUAGGGUCAUUACAUGUCAAAUCAUCUAAAUUUCCCCAGCUACAUUUUUAUUUUAAACAGUUAUUGAAGAAGUCUGUUCAAUCACUGUUCAAAACUGUCUCCCUACUUU